GUGAUUGAGUACAGAGGGACUCUCACUGGAAGUCGACAAAGCUCUCUCUACCUUCACACAAAGCGGGCAACUUUGUGCCAUGGCAGUGUGUGUGCAGUGAGUCUCACACCUGUUUACAAGCAGGCAGGAUUGACCACCAUGCAGGGCCGGGCUGGCAAAGCCCCCAAAAGGGAGAUGGUGAUAGAGUCUCCACAGCAGUACAAGAGCCUGGCUGAGAUUGAGGCAGAGGUGGAGGCUGGGUCACAGGUGGUAGCGGUAAAGCCGAAGAUCAUAGAGCCUCUGGACUAUGAGAAUGUGCUUCUGCAGAGGAAGACCCAGAUCAUCAGUGAUGUGCUGCGGGACAUGCUGCAGUUCCCCACGGACGACUUCCAGAUCUCCACCCUGAGGCGCCAGGGCAGGACUCUGUUCUCCACCGUGCCAGAGACUGCCGAGAAAGAAGCUAACUCGCUGUUUGUCCAAGAGUGCAUCAAAACCUACAAGUCCGACUGGCAUGUGGUCAAUUACAAGUACGAGGAGUAUUCUGGAGACUUCCGCCAGCUCCCAAAUAAGGUGUCGAGACCUGAGAAACUGGCGGCUCACCUGUUUGAGGUGGAUGAAGACGUGGAAAAAGAUGAGGACUCGGCCUCCCUCGGAUCUCAGAAGGGAGGAGUGUCUAAACACGGCUGGCUGUACAAAGGCAACAUGAACAGUGCCAUCAGUGUUACGAUGCGGUCCUUCAAGAGGAGGUACUUCCAUCUGGCCCAGCUGGGAGACGGAUCCUACAACCUCAACUUCUACAAGGACGAGAACACCUCCAAGGAACCCAAAGGAACCAUCUUCCUUGACUCAUGCAUGGGGGUUGUUCAGAACAGCAAAGUGCGUCGCUUCGCCUUUGAGCUGAAGAUGCAGGAUAAGAGCACGUUCCUGCUGGCUGCAGACAGCGAAGCAGAGAUGGACGAGUGGAUCAGCACCCUCAACAAGAUUCUGCACAGCAGCUUCGAACAGGCCAUGCAGGAGAAGAGGAACGGAGACCUGCAUGACGACGAGGAGCAUGGAAAAUCCGAACUCUCCUCUGGAAACUUUCAAGACAGCUUUCAGACUGCCCGAGAUAUCGAGUCCAAAAUGAGGAGUGAAGCUCGCCUGAAACUCUUCACUUUGGACCCUGACACACAGAAGCUGGACUUCUCUGGCAUUGAGCCAGACGUGCGGCAGUUUGAAGAGAAGUUCGGGAAGAGAGUCCUGGUCAGCUGUCACGACCUGUCCUUCAACCUGCAGGGCUGCGUUGCAGAGAACGAAGAGGGGCCGACAACUAAUGUGGAGCCUUUCUACGUGGUCCUGUCCCUCUUCGACGUUCAGAACAGCAGAAAGAUCUCGGCCGACUUCCACGUGGAUCUCAACCACCCUUUGGUCCGACUGAUGACAUCAGGAUCUAGUAGCAGACAAGACGUGCACAUCAAUGGCAGUGGCGAUGGUCCCCUGAGGCAGACCAAUGAGCUCCCAGUGGGUUCUCUCCAGUACCCCAGACAGGGCGUGUUCUCAGUCACGUGCCCCCAUCCAGAGAUCUUCCUAGUGGCCAGGAUUGAGAAGGUCCUGCAGGGGGGGAUCACCCACUGCACUGAACCCUACAUGAAGAGCUCAGACUCAGCCAAGAUGGCUCAAAAGGUUCUGAAGAAUGCUAAGACAGCCUGCAGCAGACUGGGCCAGUACAGGAUGCCUUUUGCCUGGGCUGCAAGGCCUGUGUUCAAAGAUGCAUCAGGAACUUUGGACAAAAGCUCUCGCUUCUCAGCUCUUUACAGACAGGACAGCAGCAAGCUGUCAGACGAGGACAUGUUCAAACUGCUAACUGACUUCAGAAAACCAGAGAAAAUGGCCAAACUCCCUGUGCUCUUAGGGAACUUAGAUGUAACGAUUGACAGCGUGGCCCCGGAUGUAACCAACUGUGUCACUUCCUCCUACAUCCCUGUGAGGAGCUUUGAAGGCAACGGGCCUGGCAGCGCUCUCCUGGAGGUGGAGGAGUUUGUACCCUGCAUCGCUAAGUGCUCCCAACCAUUCACCAUCUAUAAAAACCACCUCUACGUGUACCCAAGAAACCUCAAAUAUGAUGGGCAGAAAUCCUUCGCUAAGGCGAGGAAUAUUGCAGUUUGCAUUGAAUUCAAGGAUUCUGAUGAGGAUGAAGCCCAGCCGGUGAAGUGCAUCUACAGUCAUCCAGGAGGUCCUCUGUUCACCAAGCAGGCGUAUGCAACCGUCCUGCACCAUCAGCAGAACCCUGAGUUCUAUGAUGAGAUAAAGAUAGAGCUGCCUACUCAGCUGCAUGAGAAGCAUCACCUCCUCUUCACCUUCUAUCAUGUUAGCUGUGACAGCAACAGCAAGAAGAAAGACCUGGUGGAGGCUCCAGUGGGUUCAGCAUGGCUGCCUCUGCUCAGGGAUGGGAGAGUCAUCAUGAAUGAACAGCUGCUGCCAGUCGCCGCCAAUCUGCCCGCCGGGUACCUCGGCUCCCAGGACGGUGUCAACAAGCACUCUGGCUCGGAGAUCAAAUGGGUAGACGGAGGAAAACCGCUGUUCAAAGUCUCCACUCAUCUUGUUUCCACAGUUUACACUCAGGAUCAGCACUUGCACAACUUCUUCCACCACUGUCAAAUCAUGGAGAUGUCAGAACAAGCUUCAGAGGGGGAGCUGGUUAAAUACCUGAAGAGUCUCCAUGCGAUGGAGGGUCAUGUGAUGGUCAACUUUCUGCCCACCAUCCUCAACCAGCUGUUCUGCGUCCUCACCAGAGCCACACACGAGGAUGUGGCUGUAAACAUGACCAGGGUGAUGGUCCAUGUUGUAGCUCAGUGCCAUGAAGAAGGGCUUGAACAUUACUUGAGAUCUUAUAUCAAGUUUGUGUUUAAGCCGGAGCCGUAUUCCUCCACCAAUGUAAAAACAGUUCACGAGGAGCUGGCUAAAGCCAUGACGGCCAUUCUCAAGCCGUCCACAGACUUCCUGACCAGCAACAAGCUGCUGAAGUACUCGUGGUACUUCUUCGAAGCUCUGGUGAAAUCAAUGGCUCACUAUCUCAUAGAGGGCGGGAAAGUAAAGCUCUCCAGGAACCAACGUUUUUCAGCAUCCUUCUACCAUGCAGUGGAGACUCUGGUGAACAUGCUGAUGCCACACAUCACCCAGAAAUACAAGGACAACCUGGACGCUGCUCGCAAUGCCAAUCACAGCCUGGCAGUUUUUAUCAAGCGCUGCUUCACCUUCAUGGACAGAGGCUUCGUUUUCAAGCAGAUCAACAACUACAUGAACUGUUUUAUGCCAGGGGACCCCAAGACUUUGUAUGAAUUCAAAUUUGAGUUCCUGCGGGUUGUGUGCAACCAUGAGCACUUUGUCCCUCUUAAUCUGCCCAUGCCCUUUGGAAAAGGCAGAAUUCAAAGGUUCCAAGAUCUUCAGCUGGACUUCUCUCUGACUGACGACUUCUGUCGAAACCACUUCCUGGUGGGGCUGCUGCUGAGGGAGGUGGGCGGAGCUCUUCAGGAAUUUCGAGAGACACGUCAGAUCGCCAUCCAGGUGCUCAAAGGGCUGAUGAUCAAACACACGUUUGACGACCGCUAUGCUACUAAAAGCCAGCAGGCCAGACUUGCCACUCUCUACCUCCCUUUGUUUGGUCUGCUCCAGGAGAACGUCUACAGACUGGACAUUAAGGAGUCAGUCCCCCUCAGCAACCACAAUAAUACCAGGGAGGACUCUCUGGUACCCAACUCCAUGGUGACCCCUCAGAAACCUGGGAGCUGCAUAGAAAACGCUCUCCACAAAGAUGUGUUUGGAGUCAUCUCUGGAACAGCGUCGCCUCACAGUUCGACUCCCAACGUCAGCUCAGUUCACCAUGCAGACUCCAGAGGCUCUCUGGUCUCCACAGACUCUGGAAACAGCCUGCUGGACAAGAGCAGUGACAAGACCAACUCCCUGGAGAAGAACCAGUGUGCGUCGACUCUGGGCAGCAGCGUGCUGCGCUGUGAUAAACUGGACCGGGACGAGAUCAAAAACCUGCUCAUUGGCUUUCUGCAUAUCCUCAAGAGCAUGUCAGAGGAGGCCCUUUUUGCAUACUGGAACAAAGCAGCUCCCUUAGAACUGAUGGACUUCUUCACGUUGAUAGAAGUGUGCCUUCAUCAGUUCAGAUACAUGGGGAAGAGAUUCAUCGUCAGGAGCCAGGAGGGGGCGGGGCCUGUAGCUCCAGACAGGAAGUCUCUGACUCUACCUGUAUCUCGUAACAGGGCGGGGAUCUUGCAUGCCCGCCUUCAGCAGCUGGGAACUCUGGAGAACGCUCACACCUUCAACAACAUGUACUCUCAUACGGAAGCGGACGUGAGCAGCCAGUGCCUGCUGGAGGCCAAUGUGUCCACAGAGGUCUGUCUGACUGUGCUGGACACACUCAGCAUCUUCAUCAUGGGAUUCAAGACUCAGCUGAACUCAGAUCUUGGUCACAACCCCCUGAUGAAGAAAGUUUUCCAGGUCCAUCUGUGCUUCCUGCAGAUCCCUCAGUCUGAGGCCGCUCUCAAACAGGUCUUCACCUCGCUCAGGACCUUCAUCUACAAGUUUCCCUGUACCUUCUUUGACGGCCGGGCCGACAUGUGUGCCUCUCUAUGCUAUGAAAUCCUCAAGUGCUGCAACUCCAAGCUGAGCUCCAUCCGCAGCGACGCCGCCCAUCUUCUCUACUUCCUCAUGAAAAGCAACUUCGACUAUACCGGACGCAAGUCUUUCGUACGCACACACCUGCAGGUGGUAAUCGCUGUCAGUCAGCUGAUUGCUGAUGUCAUCGGCAUCGGGGGUACCCGUUUCCAACAAUCUCUCUCCAUCAUUAACAACUGUGCCAACAGUGACAAGAGCAUCAAGCACACAGCAUUCCCCUCUGAUGUGAAGGACCUGACGAAGCGCAUCAGGACAGUGCUGAUGGCCACAGAACAGAUGAAGGAGCACGAGAACGACCCGGAGAUGCUGGUGGACCUCCAGUACAGCUUAGCCAAGUCCUACACCAGCACGCCCGAGCUCAGAAAGACCUGGCUCGACAGCAUGGCUCGCAUCCACCACAAGAACGGAGAUCUUUCUGAGGCGGCCAUGUGUUACGUGCAUGUUGCUGCCCUGGUCGCUGAGUACCUGUGGAGGAAAGGUAUGUUCAGGCAGGGCUGCUCGGCCUUCCGCGUCAUCACUCCAAACAUCGAUGAGGAGGCUGCCAUGAUGGAGGACGUAGGGAUGCAGGAUGUUCACUUUAAUGAGGAGGUGCUGAUGGAGCUGCUGGAGGAGUGCGCUGAUGGACUCUGGAAGGCGGAGCGUUAUGAGCUUAUUGCCGAUGUCUACAGGCUCAUCAUUCCCAUCUACGAACAGCGCAGAGACUUUGAGAAACUGACCCACCUGUACGAUACGCUGCACCGUGCCUACACUAAAGUGAUGGAGGUGAUGCAUACGGGCAAAAGACUGCUGGGCACAUACUUCAGAGUGGCCUUCUUUGGACAGGCUGCGGGCUUUUUUGAGGAUGAAGACGGAAAGGAAUACAUCUACAAGGAGCCAAAGUUUACUCCGCUGUCGGAGAUUUCCCAGAGGCUCCUGAAGCUCUACUCUGACAAGUUCGGUCAGGAGAACGUCAAGAUCAUUCAGGACUCUGGCAAGGUGAACCCAAAGGACCUAGACUCCAAGUACGCCUACAUCCAGGUGACCCACGUCACACCCCACCUGGACGACAAGGAGCUGGAGGACAGGAAGACCGACUUCGAGAAGAGUCACAACAUCCGCCGCUUUGUGUUUGAGACGCCGUUCACAGUGUCGGGCAAGAAGCAGGGAGGGGUGGAGGAGCAGUGUAAACGCCGGACCGUUCUCACCACCACACACUGUUUCCCUUACGUGAAGAAGCGUAUAGCUGUAAUGUACCAACACCAGACGGACCUGAGCCCCAUUGAGGUGGCCAUAGACGAGAUGAGUGCCAAGGUGGGCGAGCUGCGACUGCUGUGCUCGGCCUCUGAGGUGGACAUGAUCUGCCUGCAGCUCAAACUGCAGGGCAGCAUCAGUGUGCAGGUCAACGCUGGCCCGCUUGCUUACGCCAGAGCCUUCCUCGACGACAGCUGUGCCAAGAAAUAUCCUGACAACAAGGUCAAACAGCUCAAAGAGGUGUUCAGGCAGUUUGUGGACGCCUGCGGUCAGGCGCUGGGAGUGAACGAGAGGCUGAUCAAGGAGGACCAGCAGGAGUAUCACGAUGAGAUGAAGGCCAACUACAGGGACCUGGCCAGGGAGCUGUCCAACAUCAUGCAUGAACAGAUCAACCCAGUGGAAGACGGCACAAGGAGCACUUUGUCCGACUCCAUGGGCAUCUUCAACGCCAUCAGCGGCACACCGACCAGUGCCAACCCUCACGGCUCGACCACCGUCCUCUGAUCAAGAUAUUUCGCACCACACUCAUGCCUUCUUCACCACUAAUGACUGACACUACAAGAGGAGUCAAGAGGAAACAAUUAGUACCUAAACACAACCUGAAGCCAUCAUCCAUGUGUGUUUUUCAACCUGCUAUUCUGUACAUGAGCUGGAAAAUGUGAUGUUCUCUCCCUGUUAUCAGUUCGCCCAUUGUUCUUGUUUCCUAUGGAGACUCCAGUCAACACUGUUGACUUGUGAACAGCGAAUCUCUCGACUUAUUGCCAGUUUUGGCUCAUUUAUCGUUUUUGUAUAGUUUGUUUUAUCCUAUGUACAAUGGGUUUAAGCACAGCAAGUGUGUAUCCAAUACUGUGACUGACAACAUGAUGUUAUCUUAAUUAUUCUUCAGCUCCACCCAAGGGAUGUUGUGACAAACAUGAGGGACUUCAGUAUUUGACCCAAGCAUACACCUUAUCUGUUUUCUUUAACUGUAGGGCUCCCAUUUCUGUACAGUGUUUGUAAGAGAGAGUGCUUUAAGAAAGUUUUUAUUGAGAAUAAAUGCCACGGCUGCACAUACAUUCUUCAGCUGAUGCACAGUAUUUUUACAUUUCGCUUUUCAAUUCUUUUCCAUUGAGGCCCUGUUACAGCAGAUGCAUUUUUGUGUGCAGUGCAGCAGCAUCAGAGUUUAUCUUUUAUCUUACCUUGGACAUUUCAAAGAAUUAUUCACUCUAUUUUAGGCCAAUGGACGUGUAUAGAAGCUGUCUAAAGCCAUGUGAACCACAAUGUUUUAAACUAUUUUCUGUAAAGAAAAGUGUGUGCAAUAUUUUCUAUUGUUACCAAGGCGACCCACGGCACAGAAAACCACUCUUGCCAAAGACAUUAGAAAAAGACGGUGCAAGGUCAGCCAAGGAUUUGACAAUUUGUAAUCUACCCCCCUUUUGUUUCUUUGUCUUUUAUGUUAGAUGCCUUUUAUUAUCUGUGAGGUAAGAUUAAAAAAACAUUUUUACUUAUUGACUGCUCAUGUAAAUAUGUUUAAGACUUAGAAAUAAAACAAAUCUGUAAUAAUACCUUC